AUGACCCACAUAGCAGCCGUUUCUAGGGGAAACGCGCCAUGGAAACCAAUAAAGUCAUUUGUUAAGGACCGAUACUGGGGGAAAAAACAUUUUUCAUAUAUUUCUACCCUUUUGCAGUCACCUCGAUCUCUACGAUACGUGGAUGAAGCAUUCGAUCAGAUCAGCAAAAGAAAAAACAUUCGAGACAUAGUAAUUCUCAACGAUCUGGGGCAUCCGGUGAAAAGUACAAUGGGGCAGGAUGAUUCCGUUCAGUUUGCUGGACUAUUUCAGGCAAUACGGUGCCGACUGGAGCGAGGUAUGAAGCAAAUUGAUCCCACAGAUGAACUUUUAAUGCUGAGAGUUCGUACAAGGACCAACGAGGUGCUGCUAACCCCAGACUCCAAAAUCACUGUCAUUGUCGUACAAAACGCGCAGGAUCAUUUUCAAACGUAAUUGAUUAUCAAAUACAAUUAAAUGG